UCGCGGAGGAAAUACAAGCAAGAAAAUUCGAAGAAUCUGAAGAAUUCGGCACUAGAUCAACAUCUAGAUCCUGUCAACAUGAAUGCGGUCUUCUUGGCAACAUCCUUCUUCAUGCUCUGCUUUCUUCCUGCGAAAGAAUCGCUUCCCAUAACAAAUAUCAAACGGUUUGACAGCUACAACAGCAAGGGUGUUGGUCCAGACCUGGAGCACUGGGAACACAGCCUAAAGUUGCCAUUUCAGCAGAACCUACUUCAAGCAUCUGCGGACGAAUCAAGGACCAUGGCGCAAAUGCGAGAGCCAUCGCUGAUGACUCUGGGCCAGGUACUUUCAAAUGGUCAGAGUACGCAAGACCGUCCAGGAGGCGAAGAGGACACGCUCCGAUAUAAAAGAUUCAACAGUAACCCCAAUUCCCUCGACCUUACCUUUCAUCUACUGAGAGAAUUUUUGGGAAUGGCCAAAGCUGAAAAAAUGGCCCAGAAAGCAGAGAGUAAUAGACUGAUUAUGGAAAGCAUUGGCAAAUAAUUCAGAUCAGUCUAUUAGAAUUAAUCACCCAAUGGUUGUGAGACGUGUAUUAUGUUAAAACUAUUUGAAUCCAAUUUUCAAUUCAUACAGCAUAAAUUGUUACUGUUCUAAAUAUGCACCAAAUGUUUGCACAGCAGGUUAACCUAAAGAAAUCGUAAUUAACCAACUUUCGCUACUUUUUAUUUUGUUUUUUUUUUCUGCUCUUUAAUAUAAAUGCUUGUACUUAAUC